UGUGUGUGACAUUUCCGCAACAAGGUGACGUCACAGAGAGGACCACGACUUAGUUUAAUGUCAUUGUAGUUGUUUUUUCUCCUUCAUGUUGAAUCACCUCUCCGCUGCUCUCCUGCUUUUCCCCCGCCGUCUGCUCUCGUCCUCACCGAGGACUUUAACCCGAGCCUGCAGCCUCCUCCGGGGCAGCAGGAGGAUGGAGACCGCCGUGGUGAGGUGCCUCCCCGGGGAGCCCAAACUCACCAUCUCCUUCUGUCUGGACGGCAGCAACAAACACAUGCUGCGGGACCAGGACGAGGAGCUGGGCAAGGUCCUCUCCCGGAUCGCCAACAACAUCGCCAAGGGUCAAGGGAAGGCGAAGAAGUCGAAGAAGAAAAAGGGGCAGCAGCCGUGCGAAGCCCCGGAGCCCACCGCGGUGAAGCUGCACUACGGAGACGGAGAGGUGGCCGACACGGUGCCGAACUCGGAGGCGUGGCGGGACGGAGCCGUGCUGCAGGUGGGAGACGUGAAGUACUCGGUACAGAGAAACCCGCCCACUUUCACCAACGCGGAGCUCCCGGCGUCCCUGAUGGCCGAGUUCCCCGUCUGCCCGAACCUGGAGCUGGAGUUUGGUAACCUGCAGGACUGCGAGUUCACAUGGCAUAAAGAAAACACCCCAAACACAAGCCCUGAAGCUGCUGCAGAAGCUCCAGCUGAGAACGGCGGUUGGACCGAAGUAGGAUGCGGGAGGGUCCACGUCCCGUCCAAUCGGGACAUCGGCCACAGACUCAAACUGCGCUGCACGCCUAAAGACGGAGAGCGCAGCGGCCAGGUCAAAGAGCUGAUCUCUGCGGGAGCUGUGGAGGCAGGACCGGGAGUCUGCACGUUCGACAACAGACACGCGUACACGAUCAAAGAGGCGGAGUGGCCGUCUGCGAGGGUGAUGUCAUACAACAUCCUCGCCGACGUCUACGCCCAGACGGAGUUAUCCAAGACGGUGCUUUACCCUUACUGUGCUCCGUACGCCCUGCAGCUGGACUACAGGCUGAACCUGAUCAAGAAGGAGCUGGCCGGAUACAACGCUGACAUCGUCUGUCUGCAGGAGGUCGACAAAGGUGUGUUCACAGACAGUCUGACUCCGACUCUUGAUGCCUUCGGUCUGGACGGCGUUUUCAGGGUGAAAGACAAGCAGCAUGAGGGACUCGCCACUUUCUACCGAAGGUCAAAGUUUAAGCUGCUGAGCCAACAUGACAUCACGCUGAGUGAAGCGUUGUCCCGUGAAGCCCUCCACUCUGAGCUGCUGGAGAGACUUUCUGUGAACAGCGCUCUGAAGGAGAAGACUCUGCAGAGGUCCACCACCCUGCAGGUCAGCGUGCUCGAGGACUUGAAUAAACCAGACAGGAAGGUGUGUGUGGCAAAUACACACCUGUACUUCCACCCUAAAGGAGGGAAUGUCCGCUUGUUCCAGAUGGGCGUGGCUCUGAAACACCUGAGUCAUGUGAUCAGGGAGGUUGCACCUGGAGCCCCUCUCAUCUUUUGUGGUGACUUUAACUCCUUACCAAACUCAGGCGUGUUCCAGCUGCUCAGUGAGGCCGAGGUUCCUCAGCAGCAUGCAGACUGGAGCAGCUCGGGCCCGGAGGAGUCCUGCAGGAUGGAGCUGCUCUCUGACUUCCCCCCGCUGCUGAGCGCCUGCGGCCAGCCCGCCUACACAAACUACGUCGGAGGAUUUCACGGCUGCCUGGAUUAUAUCUUCAUACAGCCGGACAGCAUGCAGGUGGAGCAGGUGAUUCCUCUGCCCAGCCACCAGGAGGUCACCACCUACGAGGCUCUGCCCAGCGUGGCUCAUCCCUCCGACCACAUCGCUUUAAUCUGUGACCUGCGCUGGAACCCCUGACCUCACGCCAUCUGGACUUACAACACAGGAGAGCCAGACCUUCAGUCGCUGCUGAAACCACCACUUUGACUCCUGAUUUCUUUACGUUUGGAUCAAGUCUGAGCUGUGAUAGAGUUCCUGUAUUAAAGAGAGAAUCAACAUCUCACAACAAAGAAGUGUCUCACAUUAAAUUUUAACUGAACUGUUGUGAAUAUGGUCAAAGAAAUAAUUAAUGUCCAUCACUGAUAUUCAGUGUAUGUGUUGUAUCAGCAAAAAGUAAUGAAAUGCAAAUAGAGUUUUUUAAA